AUGCUGAGCAAGAUGGACGAUGGCAGCGCGAUUGGUGUCAAAAGUGUUCUAACCGGGACUCUCACCGAGUCCGUCCGCAGUAGUUCCACUGGCUGCACCGCGCAGCUCCAGCUUGGAGAUCACAUCUUCGACUUAAAGGACAACGUCGGCGCAAUAGCAGUCACCUCGUUUCGAUCCAGUGGUGGUGUGAUUGAUCGGGCUACAGAGACGACCCUCGUGGCGCUUCAGACAAUUGUCAAGACGUUCGCAUCGGCUCUGCGAGAAAAGCUGCUGCCCAUUUUGCAGGAAAGGCAGGUAGAUCUCUCGAGUGAGCGUGAUCAAAGCCGAACAUUCGUAGCCGCCUACCUCACAACAGGUUUCAAUCGCGUCGUGAUGCAGGUACUGACUGUUAUUUUGUGUUCUGACUUAGGCCACAUGUGGUUUAGCAUCGAAAUCACUUGA